CAAAAUCAGCCCCCAAUCCCCACCCAACUUUUGCCACCAUGAAAACCUCAAACCCAAAACCAAAUGCCCAUUUGACUUUCAUCUGUGUAAUACUAUACACCUUCACCUUGAAAUCUAUUCUCUAUUAUUUCAAAAUUAUAUAUUAAAGUUUACAACUCAGCACAAGGUAAAUCCCAAAGCUGUCCCUAUCAUUCACUCCUCCAACGUUGUUUUAUAAUCAUUAAAUCCUAUUAGCACAAUCUGAUUGUCUCCUUCUCGAACCAAAGUUUUCAUCUUUUUUUUGUCAAAAAAAAAGUUUUCAUCUUUUGAUGCUUUGGUUUUCUGGGUACUUUGACCAACAUUCAAAUUUGGUACAAGUCGUUUUUCCUUAUUAUAUUUCCUUCCUUGCUGCUUCCUUUUACUCUCCAAUUUUGAUUUAUUGAUCAAAGUCAUAGUUUUGGCUGAAGUAAUCGAAUUUUGAGUCUUUGAGUUUCUGGUUUUUUUUCCCUGUAAAGCAUCUCUGUUCCUACUUUUGAUAUAUUCAGCAAUUUCAAACCCCUAUGUAAUUUUUUGUAUUCUUCAGAUUGUAUAAUCUCUUUAUUUUGAGUAGAAUAAAUGUUAUAGCUCUUAUCACAAGGAAGUUAAGAUUCUUGGUCAUUUUGUUGCUAAAUUGUAUACCUACUCGAAUUUUCAUCUAAUACUUAAUUUUUUCUCUCUAUUUUUGGGGUAAAUCUGCUACCUGAAGUUACAGUUUUUAAUCAGUGAUCAUUGUUGAAUCCACAAUUUUUUAUAGUGUCAAUGUUCUAUUAAUUGUACAACAAAUAGAGUAGUCGUACUAUUAUGAAAUUUUUGUUUGCACUUAAACUUGAACACUUGAAGUUGAUAUCUAUAUCUGUAAAAGCAAGUCAUUAUUACCUUUCAGGAAUUUUUCCAUUUGGUGGAAAGACAAUAUAGGUAUUUUGUGUACUUUGUAUGCUUAGGUUGUAGGAACAAUGUCAAUUAUCUGUGGCUUGCCUCUCGUUGAGUGUGUGUAUUGUCUAGCUUGCGCGCGAUGGGCUUGGAAACGAUGUCUACACACUGCAGGCCAUGACAGUGAAACUUGGGGCUUUGCCUCAAUCGAAGAAUUUGAGCCUGUCCCACGUCUAUGUCGCUAUAUUUUAGCUGUGUAUGAAGAUGAUCUUAGGCACCCUCUUUGGGCCCCUCCCGGUGGCUAUGGAAUUAACCCUGAUUGGUUAAUACUUAAAAAGACAUACGAAGAUACACAAAGACGGGCUCCACCAUAUAUAUUGUAUCUUGAUCAUGAUCAUGCUGAUAUAGUUCUUGCCAUUAGAGGACUAAAUUUGGCUAAGGAGAGUGAUUAUGCUGUUUUGUUGGAUAAUAAAUUGGGGAAGAGAAAGUUUGAUGGAGGGUAUGUUCAUAAUGGGUUGUUGAAGGCUGCCGGAUGGGUUAUGGAUGCUGAGUGUGAAAUUUUGAGGGAAUUCGUCGAGCAGUAUCCGAAUUAUACUCUUACUUUUGCUGGACAUUCGCUUGGAUCAGGUGUAGCUGCAAUGUUAAGCAUGGUGGUCGUGCAGAAUCGAGAUAGGCUUGGAAAUAUCGAGAGAAAGAGAGUUAGGUGCUAUGCUAUCGCUCCUGCUAGGUGUAUGUCUCUCAAUUUGGCAGUCAGAUAUGCAGAUAUCAUAAAUUCCGUCGUGCUUCAGGAUGACUUCUUACCGAGGACAGCCACACCAUUGGAAGAUAUAUUCAAGUCUCUUUUCUGUUUACCAUGCUUGUUGUGCUUGAGAUGCAUGAGGGAUACAUGUAUACCAGAGGAGAAGAUGCUGAAAGAUCCAAGGAGACUCUAUGCACCCGGUCGCCUUUAUCACAUUGUUGAGAGAAAGCCUUUCAGAUUUGGAAGGUUUCCUCCAGUUGUGAGAACAGCAGUGCCUGUAGAUGGAAGGUUUGAGCAUAUAGUCCUUUCUUGCAAUGCUACAUCAGAUCAUGCCAUUAUUUGGAUAGAGAAAGAGGCUAAAAGGGCUUUGGAUUUGAUGCUAGAGAAAGAUAAUACCAUGGAAGUACCUGCAAAGCAAAUCAUGGAGCGUCAGGAAACAAUGACGAGACACAACAAAGAAUACAAAGCAGCAUUACAAAGGGCUAAAACGUUAGAUGUUCCACAUGCUUAUGCACCACCAUCACAAUAUGGAACAUUUGAUGAGGGAGAGGAGAAUUCAAGAAGGUCAGAGGCUGAAUCUUCAAUUGGUUCAACUGAUAAGAGCACAGUGGAUGAAAGCUGGGAUGUAUUGAUCGAGCGCCUUUUUGAUAAGGAUGAACAUGGCCGUAUUGUGCUCAAGAAAUGAUGAUAAUGUAAUUUACGUGUACUAAAAUAUAUGAAUUCUUGUCUUGAACUAAAAUUCAUUCAUUUUUUUUGUGAAUUUUGGUGUGAGUGAAGAAUGGUAAAUUUUUUCCGUAGAAAUUGUUGGGAAUCGUGUUCUCUUCUUAUGCUUCAUAUAUGUAAGGAUACAACAAUUCAUUCCAUGAAUAAGUGAAACUUACAUUUCCAGUUUCUCUUA